CGGUCAAACGCCUCGAUGGAUUGUUUAUGUUAUGAACCUGAAUAACCUGAUGAACUAGUUACCUAAUUUUUUUGAUCAUUUCGUGUGAUUGAUAGUAAGUAAGUCUUUAGAACUGGAAGCUUCUGGUGAACGCAACAGUCCGCUGCCAAAUAUGAACAGUUGUCGUCUAUGCUUGAAGGAAUUUCUGGCCCAGCAGAAUGAUUGUAAUGUCGACAAGAUGAAAGUUAAAUUUCAGCUAGUGUUUUCAUUCGAGAUAAUUUCCAAUGAACGUUUACCUAAGGAAAUUUGCCCGGAUUGCGUGGGCAGAGUUUCGCAGUUCUACGACUACGCCGACGUUGUCCAUAAAAAUCAAUUGAAGUUGUACAGUCAAAUCGAAAAUGAGUCCAUGUGUACGGAACCAUCAGGCAGUUCUGGUCUUGAUAAACCUGAGCUUUUUCCUAUCAUGCCAGAAGAGGAAAUCAAAAUUGAACCCCAGGAGGAGUUUCUCGAUGAUCCGAUUGAAACGAAAAAGAAAAAGACCGUCGCAACUAAAAAAACUCCGGCCAAAGUUCAGGCAGACAAAUUUGAAAAGAACCUCAUCAAUCGAUAUUUAGACAUGGUUUGUGACAUCUGCAAGGAGGAUCUAUUUACCUAUCAGAAACUGGAAGUUCACUUUAAAAAAUAUCACGGAAGACGUUGCUACAUUGCAUGCUGCGGCUUGAAAUUAACCAGCGAACAGAUGAUAUCCGAUCAUUUGGGAAAGCACAUGAGCGUAACAAAAGAAAACGAUUCACAGUCAUCCUGGGAACGACGAGUCGCCACCGCAUUCGGGUCAAUAUUAACCGAUUUCAAACGAGAUUUGGAGGACUACGAACCGCUGCCAAAUAUGGAAUUGGCUCUGAAAGGGGACACCAACGAGCAGCAGAAGAUGUACAAUGUGCAGGAUUAUUUGGUGCAGAGCUACUUCAGCUUAAACUGUGAACUGUGUGCGGCUAGGAUCAACAACCUGGACGAUCGCCGGAUUCAUUUUCGGCGGACGCAUCCCAGACAAAAAUAUUUCGUCUCCUGUUGUAGUCAACGAUUUUCAACACGAAUCAGCAUAAUGCGUCAUUUGAAUCGUCACUGGAAACAUGUGGCAAGCGGAAAUGAGCUUAAAAAACCCGCCGUCCAUUAUAAAUCUGAUUCUUUGGAUGGUUCUGAAGCGGCAAAUCGUUCGACCAGUUGGGUGCGACAGCUUCAAACAACAUACGGACCGCUGAUGAACGAAUUUCGCGAUGACCUGGUCGAGGGAGGUUUUACUCCACCGACUAAACUUCCGGAGACUAAAUCUGCUGAGAAUUCCAAACUACUUCAUCAGAUGCAGGACUUUUUAAUUGCAAAACACAGUCCACUGAAUUGUGACUUGUGUGGAGUGGAAAUAAAAACGUAUGUGGGAAGACGCGACCACUUCCGGAUUGGUCAUCCCAAAGAGAAACUUUACGUGCAAUGUUGUGGCAAGAAAAUUUUUACUCGGUACAAAAUAAUACUGCAUCUGUUGCGGCAUAGAAAAGGCUUGCCUACGACAGGAGCGUACGAUAUCCGCAACACGCCGGUAUCCAUGUAUGACAAACACGAACGGGACGAUGUCACCAUGGAGGCUUACUACAAGAUGGAUUGUGAGCUAUGCGACUAUACUGGAAAUUCGUAUCUUGGGUUGCGAGAUCACUUUCAAAAAAAGCACAAGGAGGAGGGAUUUUUCAUUAAGUGCUGUAAUAGACGUCUGAAGACCAAGUAUCAUAUUCUUGAGCAUAUUGCUGGCCAUCAAAAGCCGGGAUCGGUCAAGUGUGAUCACUGCGAUGCUACAUUUUCCUCGCUCAGAAUGCGCAAAGCUCAUGUUAGUCGGAAACACGUCAGCGAAGAGGAGAAAAUUUACCGAUGCGAACAUUGCGUGGCGUCAUUCGCGACGAGAAAUCUGCUCGUUCUUCAUACGUACAAACACGAACUGAUGACAUGCGAUAUUUGUGGAGUCGAAAUGAAACGUUGUUCGCUGCGUGUUCACAAGCUCAACUUUCACAAGAUGGGGGAGGAAAUUGUGUGUCAUGUUUGCGCUGAGGUCUUUCAUUCGAAGCACAUGUUCAAUGCGCACCAUAGAAAGGCUCACCUGGGAAUCCGCAAGAAGUAUAAAAAGAAGUCAAGGGCAAAGAAAAAACCUGUGAUCGCGGAACAAGCGCUGCCGACGAGUUCCGGUGAAUUUUCUACGGGCGUAUUAGAUGAACUGAAAGCAGAACCGCUGUGCUAGUGCGGAUAAGAGCAAACGUUGCCUAGAAGACCCUUCAACAUACACCGAAUAUUGCUGUCUGUCGGUUACUCUUCUCUAUUACUAAUCCAACUUAGAUUGACUGCUUGGAAGAAACAUGUUCGUGAAUGAAUAUUUUCUAUUUUGAAUUCACAAUUGUCCGCUCGAAUCUCUUCACCAAUACUUAGGAUAAAAGUAGGAAAUUCACAAGUCAGUGGCACUUCCAUGUGUUGCGGAGUUGGGUCGAAGGUAGGAUUAUCUACAAGAAGUGACUGGACGGCGUUUUACUGGAAGCUAUGUACAUCAAAAACUAAAAAGAAUUCAACAUUAAAUGUUGGUGUAUAUUCGAUACUCGUAAUAAAGUUGUGUAAGAAUUAA